GCAGCUUGUUGGGCUGGUUGAAUUGGUUACUAACGAGGAAUGGUUAAUUUUCCUCUGCGGCGACACUGGAUCGGCCCGAUUCGUUUAGCGUUCACUCUGCUCGGACUCCCGCAAACCCUCUGCACAUCCGGAGUUAGGACUCCUAUUUCCUGCUCUUCUUCUCACCCUUUUCCAACCACUAAAACCACCAGAGCCAUUAGCAGUAGUUACUGCCGCCUGUACCCUACCAUGCCAUCCUCAGAAAGCCCUCAUGUAAAGUCCAGAUGCCCACAGUAUCCAGGGUCCAAUAUCAAGCGCUUCCCUGUGCCUGAUGACAAGGUUAACUGGGCUCAGCAGUGGCCCCAGUAUGAUCCGGUCUCCUACACGGCCCCUUUAAUUUUGAAUAAGCCAGCAUGGGCAGAUCCUGAUAUUGGCGCCUUCUCUCCAAAGUUCAACACUGUGGAUAAUGGCGUGGACAGGACAAGCUUUGAGGGCAGCUACCAAGUGGAAAAUGGAAAGCCACUAAAUCCUCGUGGACGCACGGGGUUGGCAGGCAGAGGGUUGCUAGGACGAUGGGGACCCAAUCAUGCAGCAGAUCCCAUUGUUACCAGAUGGAAGGUAGAUGCCAAAGGAGCAAAGAUGCAUCACUCAGUCUCCGCACGGCCUCUUUUACAGUUUGUGUCUAUCAAAAGGAAAGACUGCGGGGAGUGGGCCAUUCCUGGGGGGAUGGUAGAUCCAGGCGAGCAGGUUUCUCUCACGCUGCAGCGGGAGUUCUCAGAAGAAGCACUGAACUCGCUCUCAGCUUCCCCAGAAGACAGAGCAAAAAUCCAGGAGCGCAUCACCAAUCUCUUCAAAUCAUCAGGAUUUGAGGUGUACAAGGGCUAUGUUGAUGAUCCCAGAAACACCGACAAUGCCUGGAUGGAAACUGUUGCUGUCAACUUUCAUGAUGACCAAGGUAACAGUGUGAGCGAGCUGCCGCUGCAAGCUGGCGAUGACGCGGGACAAGUCCAGUGGGUUGACAUUGACUCGUCUUUUCCUCUCUAUGCGAAUCAUUCUUAUUUCUUGGAGCUGGUAGCCAAAGAGAGGAAGGCUCACUGGUAGCCAAAGACCUCUCUGAUAUAACAAUGAAGGAAACAUAAGAGCCUUACUACCCUCUGUGUGAUGAGAGGGCUCAUUAGUUAAAGUAGCAUGACACCUUAUGUGAACCUCCCUGCACCGAUUUCAUCAUAAUAACUUUGUGGCUACAAUAAUGAAACCAUAACACAGAUUUAUUCAUGUUAACACCAAUAUAUAUGAGCUCUGCAGUUUAAAAGAGACACUAACAGAUUGAAAGCUUGCCUGCUAGCACGCUGUUUAAAAUAAUAAAAGAGAACUAUUGUGCAUUUAGAUUAAAACCUUUUGAUUGACUGCUUGCAAGAAAGUGAACAUAAGCUUGUAGGAACAAGAAGCAGCACGUAUUAUGCUAAUAUAUUCAAUGUUAACAAGAAUCGCAUUAACCUAGUGUUAUCGUGCAUGAGCAAACACAAUGAUCUGCUGAACAUAACACUACCACCACUACAUUAAUGGAAGUGUGACAGGGAGAGAAAUCAGAAUAAAGACGUGGAGCCUGGCUUUGAUCUUUACAUGUGAAAAGGAGAUGAUGAUGAUGAUGAUGAGCAGACACGCUUUCAAGUGGCAACAGAAGGCUGCUCAGCACUCAGCAGGCUGCCUUUCCAAAUGUUCACAUCAAUACGUGUGAUCUCACAGGUUGGGAUACUUUAUGAAUUAUGCAUGAAAGAACUUGCAUCUGUUGUGAGACAAACACCAACACCUCUGACAUUUAAAGGUACUCGACGACAACAGCAGCAGUAACAAAAAUAUUAAAUAAAAUCCAGUAACGAGUGGCAGCUGCUUUGUUUUCAGGAUGAGUUUACAUAUUUCCAAAGAUUUGGUAUGAGUUCAGUUAAAGCUCUUAUGGGAAAAGCAGAAGAUGUUGCUGUAAUUGGGUUUAUCAAAUGUUAACCUCUUACAAGAAAGCCUUAAUGCAAUUAGAGCCACCGCAGUUCCAGGAGGCGCCUCAGAUCCUAUAAACCUGUUUUAUUCACUCUCAAGCUGCAAUGUUAGCAGUGCGUGGGUCGGUCCUGCUCUUUCAGGCUCACUGUAGUAGGCACAUGAUGCACUAUGAUCCUGAAAUUAUAUAGACAUGCAUGUUUGGCACCAGGUGAUUCAGUGUGCACAACUUUCCAGUACUACAGGAGCUUUUACAGCAGGUGCGAGCAUUUGUUGUUGUGGUAAGGGAAAGUAUUUUCCAUGUAGAUUUGCCAGUUGCUCUGCCAAAACUGGCAACUUUCCAGUCACAAAAUGCCCAUCUUUGACUUUAAAGCUCUGGUUGUGGCUUGUGGUUAGUAAAAGGCAGGAUGACAGAUUAGUGGCACUGAAAUGCUGCACAACCAAAUAACAGAAUCAUUUAAAUUAUUAGCAUCACUAAUUAUUAUUAUUAAAGCUUUACUGGUUCUAUUGAAUUGUUUUGUAUAUGAGGUGUAAGGUGAAAAUUAACCCAGAAAUGUUUACUUAUUAAACUUGCACUGAUUUUUUUUUUUUUUUUUUUGGUCAAAUGUAUCUUUGUCUGCAUUGCUCAAAAAUGUAAAUCACUGUGAGGUCUUGAGUUGAAUGGAUUUCCUCAUUAAAUAUGCACUAUACUGUAAUGGUAUCCAUAAAGUAGUUAUUGUGUGUGCAACAUCAGCUGGUUUCAGCCUGCAUGGUCACAUCAGAUACAGUUAGCCUCAUACGUUUUUGUUUGCUCUACUGAGAGCUACACCAAUGUUUCAUGUGUACUUUUUACAGUGUUCUUGUGAAAAUAAAACGAAUUCA